ACCUUCUUGUCAUUGGUCAGGUUUUAGGAUUUACUUUUCAGCUUUCGCGAUUUCACCUAUCGUCGCUGGUUUUUCGAUUUUCCAUUUAUAAAUAGCGAACCCUCCGUCUGUUGUAACCAAAAACUAAAAAAAGGGCAGCAUCUGUUAACAAUGGGGAGUUCAGGACAGAUGUCGUGGAGGUUGGAGGAUCACCCUAAGCUUCCAAAGCGUAAGACCGUGGCCGUCGUUGUUCUCGAUGGCUGGGGCGAGAACAAGCCCGAUGAAUUCAAUUGCAUCCAUGUUGCCCAAACUCCCACCAUGGACUCCCUCAAACAGGGUGCGCCAGAAAAAUGGAGAUUAAUCAGAGCUCAUGGAACUGCUGUAGGGCUUCCAACAGAGGAUGACAUGGGAAACAGUGAAGUUGGUCACAAUGCUCUUGGUGCAGGGCGCAUUUAUGCCCAAGGGGCUAAGCUUGUUGAUCUUGCUCUUGCCUCUGGGAAAAUCUAUGAGGGAGAAGGAUUUAAGUAUAUAAGCGAAUCUUUUGAAAAGGGAACCCUGCACCUGAUUGGAUUACUUAGUGAUGGUGGUGUCCACUCCCGACUUGAUCAAUUGCAGUUGUUGCUGAAGGGAGCUAGUGAUCAUGGUGCUAAAAGAAUUCGUGUUCACAUUCUCACUGAUGGUCGUGAUGUUUUGGAUGGUUCAAGUAUAAGCUUUGUGGAGACUCUUGAGAAUGACCUUGCAAAAUUACGUGAGAAAGGGGUUGAUGCCCAGAUUGCAUCUGGUGGAGGCCGCAUGUAUGUCACAAUGGAUCGUUAUGAGAAUGACUGGAAUGUUGUCAAACGAGGAUGGGAUGCUCAAGUUCUUGGUGAAGCCCCUCACAAGUUUACAAAUGCUGUUGAAGCUGUGAAGAAAUUGAGGGAAAAUGCUAAUGACCAGUACUUACCUCCCUUUGUCAUUGUUGAUGAGAACAAGAAGCCUGUGGGCCCGAUAGUAGAUGGUGAUGCUGUUGUUACUUUUAACUUCCGAGCAGAUCGUAUGGUUAUGCUUGCCAAGGCACUUGAAAAUCAAGAUUUUGACAAAUUUGAUCGUGUAAGAUUCCCUAAAAUUCGUUAUGCUGGAAUGCUUCAGUAUGAUGGCGAGUUGAAGCUUCCAAGCCGUUAUCUUGUUUCUCCACCUGAGAUUGAAAGAACAUCCGGUGAAUAUUUGGUGCAUAAUGGUAUCCGUACUUUUGCCUGCAGCGAGACUGUCAAAUUUGGUCAUGUCACUUUCUUCUGGAAUGGAAAUCGCUCUGGCUAUUUCAACCCUGAAAUGGAAGAAUAUGUGGAAAUUCCAAGUGAUGUUGGCAUUACUUUCAAUGUUCAACCAAAGAUGAAGGCAUCGGAGAUUGGUGAAAAGGCUAGGGAUGCAAUUCUGAGCGGCAAAUUUGACCAGGUACGUGUGAACAUACCAAAUGGUGACAUGGUGGGCCAUACAGGAGAUAUCCAGGCUACAGUUGUGGCAUGCAAGGCUGCUGAUGAAGCUGUCAAGAUGAUCCUUGAUGCCAUAGAGCAAGUUGGUGGAAUAUAUGUUGUGACGGCAGACCAUGGCAAUGCUGAGGACAUGGUGAAAAGGAGUAAGUCUGGCCAACCUCUUUAUCACAAGAAUGGCGACCUGCAGAUACUCACCUCCCACACUUGUCAACCUGUACCUAUUGCAAUUGGAGGUCCAGGAGUGGCACCUGGUGUUAGAUUCCGCAAGGAUGUUCCUGAUGGUGGACUUGCCAAUGUGGCUGCAACCGUCAUGAAUCUCCAUGGUUUUGUAGCCCCUAAUGACUAUGAGCCAACACUCAUUGAAGUAGUUGACAACUAGGGUAGCAUGAGAACAUGUCCUAGAUUAUGUAUUGCGCUAUUUUGCGCUAAGGCGAAUGCCAAAUCAAACAAUUUAGAAUAAGUAUUUUAUUCGGUUGAGGGAAAAAUUUUAAAUGGUGUAUUUUGGAUGCCAUUUGUGGUUGAGUUAUAAUUCCGAAUUGUGUACGGAAAAUUAAUUUUGGGCUUCAAUGGCCCUAAAUUUUACCUCAUAAUUAUCUCUCACUCGUUUUUGUGUCU